AUGGUUGGAUGGGCAGAGAGAUUUGAUUGGGAAGCGGUUGAAGAGGUCGUGGUGCUGAUAGGGGUUACGGACGAUGAAGAAGCGAACAGCAAACGAUUAGAAUUUGUCGAGUCCAUUGCUAGAGAGGCUAAGAAGGUGUACAUGAUUCUGGGUGGCUUGCAAUGUCCGUUCGGGAAGGUGGCCGAGGUGACCGACAAAUGGCGCAGAUGGCUCAAAACUGCAGUCAACGUGGAAAUGGUCGACCCACUGAUGCCCGUCGGAACGCACCAAACUCCGCUCAUCUUGGAAAAGUGGGAUCAUAAAUCGUUGGAGUCGAUCGGCAAAUUUCUGUUGCUGGCAUUGCCAAAUCAUGCGAUUGGAACUCGACUGAAGACGAGACCUAAGACUCUUCCAAACGGAUUGAAGAGAGAUUUCAAUCCAGGACGUCCGGCAGCCCAGAGGGGGGGGGGGAAGUGGCCCCGCCUCAACCUCAUGUCCACGGAACCCCAUGGAAUCACAGAAGUCAAAGGAAAUGAAUAUCCGCGUGGCAACCGUAAAACCUAA